AUGGAUUUGCGGACCCUAGAUGAGCAUGUCCUAAAUUAUCUCAAUAGGCGGGGAUACUCGCAGACCGUUGAACUGCUAAAGUUGGAGGCGGGGCUCGUGGUAAAUGCCGACGAUAAUUUUCUAUCAGAGUGGUUCCAGGUGCUAAACGAGUGCAAGCAGAGCGAGGACUUUUCAAACCACUCCACCCAAGCCAAAACCAACCAACUCCAAGAUUCGUAUCAGUUGCUCGCCAUCGAGCAGAGGAAAUUGCACAAAACACAGUCAAUUGAGCAGGAUAAACUCAAGACAAUAGCCAGCAGAUCAUCAUCCACUAAUAUCCCCAACCCGCACAAUUUUUCAAGCGAGUGA